AAAGAAAUUCCCCAGCAAGAUGUCAGACAUUGGAGCAUUAUGGUCACACACCAUCCCAACAUCAUGUUCACUGGUAUUAGCAAAGCUGUGGGGCCUAAUUCCCCAGGCAGUCAGGAAGACUCAACACAAGAGCCCCUCUCUUAUUUCUUCCCCCCAACGGCCUCCUUUCCUCCUGUCUUUUUAACUUACCUGGAUGAAGCUGCGAAUUCUCAG